GAUCUUUAUAAAAAUACAAAACAUAAAGUAUUUUUUUUAGGAUUUUCUAACGCAUAUAAAUUGCAAGAGUAUAUAAUAUACAUUAAAUUAGCUAAAAUUUUAAUUUAUUUAAGGAAUAUGGCACAUUAAAUUAGUUGGUAAAAAUUUUAUUAAGUGGGGUCAUCAUAGCGUAAUAAAGUGAGAAAAAAAAAAAAUAAACAAAAAACUAAUGCUAUAUAAAGGUAACUUCAACCUUCAAAUUUCUUCGUACCACAAAUUUGAAUACAUACACUUCACUAAAACUACACUCUCUUUCUUCAAUCUAGUUUCUCUCUAAAUUAUAAACAAAAAAAAACCCUAGGUUUCAAUCAUAUUAUAUUAGCUCCUAAGUUAAGCAUAAUUAGUUAGCUAAUACAAUCAUCCUCUUGAAUUAGUAGUAUAUAUAAUUCAUAGAAAAUGGAAAAUGGUGAUCAAAACAAUAUGAUGAAUACAAAAAGAUAUGCUCUUCUACUAGCAGCACAUGACUCAGAGUACGUGAAGAAAGUGUAUGGAGGAUACUUCAAUGUUUUUGUGGUGGCUUUCGGGGAAGAAGGAGAGACAUGGGAUUUGUAUAGGGUUGUGGAGGGUGAAUUUCCAAAUAUGAAUGAGCUUGAGAUGUAUGAUGGGUUUGUAGUUAGUGGAAGUCCUUUUGAUGCUUAUGGAAAUGAGUAUUGGAUCCUUGAACUUUGCAUUCUUUUGCAAACUCUUGAUUCCAUGCAAAAGAAAAUUCUCGGUAUUUGCUUUGGUCAUCAGGUGUUAUGCAGGGCAUUGGGAGGAAAAGUGGCAAGAUCUCCUACAGGAUGGGAUAUAGGAUUAAGAGAAAUAAAAAUAAAUAACAAGGAAUUUUUUACCUCUCAACUUAAUUUAGAGGUUUCAAAUCAUGAAAUUCCACAAACCCUAACAAUAAUUAAAUGCCAUCAAGAUGAAGUGUGGGAGUUGCCAAUUGAUGCUGAAGUUGUUGCAUUUUCUGAUAAGACAAAGGUGGAAAUGUUUACCAUUGGCAACCACAUUUUGGGCACUCAAGGUCAUCCGGAAUAUACCAAAGACAUUCUUUACAACCUUCUUGAUCGUCUACUUAACAAUGGCUCUAUAGAGGAAGACUUUGUUGAAGCUACACGGUCGAAAAUAGAAAACAUUGAGCCUGAUAGAAAACACUUGGAGAAGAUUUGCAAAAACUUUCUCAAGGGAAGACAUAAUCCUUCAUAUGGACUUGUUGAAUUUUUCUAAUCUAAUGUAACAAUUAGUGUUCAAGUAUUGUACAGUCGAAACUAGCUAAACAUACACCAAGCUACGUUGUUAACUUGUUUACAAGUUAACCGAUUCUGCUAGUAUUAUGUUACUAAUAUGUCUUGACCAUGUUUACAAUUAUGAGUCUAUGACAUAUUAAUCUCACUUUAA